AUGAUUUCUAUAGCAUGCUCUGAUUCAGCUCAUCAUAAUCUAGCUGAAUUCUUUUGUCUUAAUCCAUUUUGCAAAGAAAAUCGCUUAAGUUGCUUCUAAUGCUUAUAAACAAAUAAACACUCAGAGCAUAUGAAAGACAUUCGAAAAAUCUCAGAAAUUAUAAAUUAUUUCGAGACAAUACAAAAUGAUUGUAAUAAUCUUCUAAUCCAGAUUAAUUAAUUCUUUAAAUAAUUGUAAACUAAUAUAGAAAAAUUAAUAGAAGGAAUCUAAUACAAAUACAAUAUUUCUUCAUCUAAAUUGACUCAACUCAAAGGUGAAUAAAUUAGCAAAGCUAUCACCUCAUUCAUUUCGUUUUAAGAUUAUGAACAGACCUUGCUCAAUUAAUUAAAAAACAAUACCGAGGUAUAUAAUUAGAAAUUAGAUCAAUUAAUUUAGGACUUGCAAUUAAAUGAAGUUGAUUAUUAAAAUAUCGAACUUUAAAAAUAAUUUAGAUAUGAGAUAUUAAAAGAUAGUUCAAUAAAAGAGGAACAUUGUUUUGCUAUGGAUUUUAAUAAAGAUGGAACUGUUUUGAUAACAGGAUUUUUGAGUGGAAAAAUUAAUGUGUAUAAUUUUAAUUAAGAAAAACUGUAAUUAAGAUAGUAGCUUAAAGAACAUAAAAGUGAGGUUUAUUGCUUAGUUUUUAUGAAAGAAUCAAAUUAAUUUAUUUCUAGUGGUGUAGAUAAGAUUAUUAUAAUUUGGUCAAUGAAUAAUAAUGAAUGGAAAGUUUAGCAAAUAUUAGAGGGUCAUACUAGUUUUAUUUAUUGCUUAAUAACAAAUAUUGAUGAAGACUUAAUUAUAUCUGGAGGAGAUGAUAAAUCUAUUAAAUUUUGGAAAAAAAAUUAAUCGAGUUGUUUUUUUACUUUAAAUGCUCAUAGAGGAAAAGUGUUGAGUUUAAGCUUAAAUUAUAAAUAAAAUCAAUUAAUAUCUUCUGCAUAUAAUCAAAAAGUUAUAUUAAUAAGUGAAAAAUAAAAAAAUGAAACCUGGAUAGUUAAAUAAUAAUUAUAAAUUGAUUAAUUUGCAAGGAGAAUAUGCUUUAUAGAUAAUUGCACAUUUGCGUUCUAAUAUGAAUAGAAAUAAGUAAUUUGUAUAGCUUAAAUAAAUGAAGUAGAUUAAUCAUUCAGAAAGGCUCAAGAAGUUGAUGUUUAAGGAGGUUAAACUUGUUACUUUGGAUUCCCUUAGAAGUUUUUAUAAUCUAAAUAAUUUUUAUUGAAUAAAAAUGGGAAUUAUAUAAAUGUUAUCCAUAGAUAUUAAUAGAACAAAUUUAGUUCUGACUUUUCGAUUAAUUUCGAAACUAGUUAAUUUUGGGGAACCUUAAGUAAUGAUGGAUAAUAUCUAGUAACUUGGGAUUUAAAAUCUGAAUAAAUUUAGAUCAGAAAAUAUAUGUAAUGA